CACAAACCGACUGCCCGGCGCCCGUUUUGUUUGGCGCUAUGGCAUGGCCGGCAUGUCCGGCAUCGGAGGCGUGUUUGUCCCGAAUGAGGCGUCGACGCCUGCCGAUGGCGAAGGCGCGCGCUCCAAAGAUGAGCGCUUCGACUGCCUGUACCGAUGGUACAAUGUGUGCCCACAGCACAGUGGACCCUAUCCUUCGCCGAGCACCGGCAGCGAAGAGGAUUUUGUCAUCCGGCUGGACCCGCAGCUUGGCCAUUGGAUCAGUCGCUGGGAGAACAUUUUUGAUCGGAUCUUCUGGUAGCCAUGGAUCCAGGCUCCAGUCCCUCUGGAUGCAGGCUGGCUGGAUCCUCAUGGCUUUCGUCGGCGGCGGCCUUUUUUGCCUCCUGCUCCGCUGCUUCGUCCGAACGCGGGCGCGCUACAUGCGCGGCAACUCGCACUUGGAGGUCAGCUGCUACACCGUGGAGAGGGAGCGCCUCCUUGAAUACGCCCUGGGCGUCUUGACGAUCGGCUGUUUUCUGGUCUUCGCCGACGAGACCUGCGAGCUGGGCGAAAACCGGCGCUACCUCCACUGGAAGCACGGCCGUGCCCUGGAGGAGGUGACCUGCGCGGUGAUGCUGCUGUGUUUCUGCCUGCGGCUCUUCUUUCACCCCGGGCUCGAUCACAGCUGUCCUCGGCUGAUGCGUUUCCUCACAAGCCCUUUGAUGUGGGUUGACCUGGCGGCGAUGCUGCCAACCCUUCUGGAGAUGCUGCUGCAGAAGUACGACAUCUUCCCCAACCUCAUCUGGCUGCGGUUCCCGCGGCUGCUGGACGUGAUUCUCCGGGCCGGCGACGGAGAAGGCAUCGGCGUCAUCAAGCGGCUGGUGGCUGCCAACUCCAGUUUGCUGAUGAUCUCUGUCAACCUCCUUUGCACCAUGUGGCUGGCAUGCAGCACUGUGCAUUACUUGACGGAGCACGACAACGACUCCUUUUUCUGGGGUGUGGAGCCAGGCUAUCAAAGAUACGUCUCCAUACCUUCAGCCAUGUACUAUGCUUUGAUCGAUUUCAACGGCGAGUUCCCCAACGCGGACGAGUUCUCAGCGCCCUGGGGCCGCGCCAACUCCAUGGUCAUUUGCCUCCUGGGUACCUACGUGCUGAGCAUUCCUGUGGGGGUCUUGGGGGCCGCGUUCCGCGACCACGUCAGCAGGAACUUCAAGUCGGAGGGCGACCAGGGCGUCCUUAUGGAGCCUCCGCCCUCGCGGGCCUGGGCGGCACUGCUGGUCUCCGUCGUGGUCUUGUCCACUGGCAACUUUGUCUUACUCACCACGGUGUACCAAAAGCCGGUGCAGGAGGAGGACCGCGCAGGCCACAGCUUUGAGGAGGGCUCCUGGCAGCGCAGCCUGCUGGCGCCCUGCCGGUUCCUAGACGUGCUGCUUGCACUGCCCUUCCUGCUGCGCUGGGCUGGGCGGCUUGUGUGGACCCAGAAUGUGCGGCGCUACAUUUUCAGCAUCGUGCACGUGGCGGACGUUUUGGCUUGGCUGCCGGCCUACUUCCUGCUGCUAUCGCUGCUGCAGCACGGCAGCUGCCUUGAGCACACGGGAAGCCCGCGGCAGACCUCUCUGGCGCGGACGCAGCUGGCCUUGCACGGCCUUUGCAUGAUGCGAUGGCCGAGACUAGAUGGUGUCUUUGGUGGAAUCUUCCAUGACCUCAAGAUCACGCUGGUGGCGAACAAGAUCAUCUUCAGGAUGACCCUGAUUUGCGCCACGACUCUGUGGCUGCUGGCAGCAGUGCUCAUGUACUACGCGGAGCGCAACAACCCAGACGAAGGCACCCGGAGCCACUUCCGGACGCUGCCGCUGUCGAUGUGGAUGACGGCUUUGGACUUCACCAGCGAGGCCCCGGUGAACGACCACAGCGCCCAGGGCAAGGCGGUGCACGCGUUGAUCAUGUUGCUGGGCGUCGGGGUCUUCACUGUGCCCAUGGGCCUUUUCGCGUCGGCCUUCCGACAACGUUUGGAUGAACGGCAUGCGCAGACGCUUGGAAGGUCUGCACCCGGGCCGGAGGAGGAGCAGCGGCACUGCGGGCGCCGCGUCAGCGAGACGGCCUUCGCUUUGGCCCAGGAGCAGUACCGGAGCAUGUCUGUCGCCUUCAGCAUGCUGGAGCAGGAGCGCGCCUGCGGCGUUUGGCGCGACGUCUACGACGUGGAGGACAAGAACCUCAUGCGCCUGCGCCCGGGCACGUGGAGGUACAAGUGCUACCGCCUGCUCAUGGGAAAGACCCACCCAGGCAACGGCCGCAAUGCCCGGUGGUUGCAGAACGCCAUCAUCUUCAACACCGCGCUUUGCUGCUUCACGUCCUGUGUCGAGACACUUUCCUACUUUGACGACUGCAGCAAAAGUGGAGAAUUCGACACCGGCCUGGGCUUCGUUUGGCUGGCCGAGCAGUGCAGCUCACUCAGCCGGGGCCUGUCCGGCUUGGCGCUGCUUUGCAGCCUCGGGUUCCUGGCAGAGCUCGGCGCGCGGUUCUGGUGCCACCCACAGCCCUGGGCGCUGCUGCUGCACCCCACCACCCUCGCGGACCUGCUGGCGCUAGGCUCACUGCCGGUGACGCUGGCCUUCCUUGCAGGGGCGCCGGUGGGCUACGGGUGGAUGAACUUGGCGCGCACUCUGCGGAUCUGGCGGCUUUUGGCGCUGGAGCGCUUCGUCCCCGCCUUCCGCGAUGUGCUGGGAGUUCUGGUGAGCCGCGGCUAUCAGCUCCUACAAGUCUUCUACGUCUUGCUCAGCUUUUGGUUCAUGAUGGCCACGUACAACUGGUACUUCCUCCACAGCGAGUUUGAGGUGGAGAGCGAGGACAAGACGUUCGCCUGCUGGUACAGCAACUACUGGUACGCGAUGCAGUUCACGCUGAUCCACAUGAGCGGCGACUACCCCAUGACCGAGUACCCAGUCAAAGUGCGGGUCGUGCACAUGUGCUCGCUGUUCCUGGCCUGGGCCUUCGUGACGAUGCCGGCGGCGAUGCUCGCCGCAGCCUUCCACGACGCCUUGGAGAAGCGGCGCCUCGUGGCUGCCAGGCAGCGACGCCAGGCCAUGACCAAGAUCGUGCGUAUGCUGCGGCGGAUCAUCUUGAGAAGGCGCUUCAGGCAGGUGGCGGACCAGGCUCUGUGGGCGCACCGGGGCCAGCUCACCAAGGUGGGCCUGGCGAGGCUCAAGUACCCAGGUCUGGCGCGGCUGCUGCGGCUACUGCACUCCAACGAGCAGUACCACUUCGUGCUCGGGACCGCCACCGUGUUGCACGUGGGCCUCGCGGGCUUGCGGACCAUCCCCGAGUUGCGGCCGCAGGCGGUGGUCUGGGACGUGGCCAUGCUCCCGUUGGCCAGCUUCUUCAUGCUGAACUUCCUUGGCCGGCUGGUGACAGCCUUCAUGAACCCCUCCCGGUCCUGCCACUGCUCGCCGCUGCGGUUUCUGUGCAGCUACCAGCGGCUCCUGAAACUGGUGGCACUGGGGCUGUACUUUGCCCAUCUGGUGUACCCGGAAGAUGGCAAGCUGCUCCGGUGGUCCUGUGCAGCACAGAUGGCGCUGAUCCUUCACUUUGGGCAGAUCUUGGGGACCAGCUGCCUGCUGAGCUUGGUGUGGUCGGAGAUCCGGGAGACCUUUUGGGUCAUGUGCUUCGUCUCUGGCACCUUCUGGGUGCUGAGCUCCACCCUUUGGUACCUCGCAGAGGAUGGCGGCCAGGGCAUGACGGACAUGUUCUCCACGCUGUACUACACCUGCAUCUUUCUCUUGGGCGAGUGGUGCUCCUUUGACUUUUCCCCUGCAGGGGCAGGCUUGAGCAUGCUCUACUCCAUCGUGGGGGUGGGGUUGAACGCUAUGCCAAUGGCGGCCGUCCAAGACGCCCUCACGAACUUGACAGAUAUGGGCGCGUACCACGUGGUCAUGGAACGCCGGAAGAUCUUGCACUCCCACUCCGGUGCCUUCGAUUCCAACGCCUCGAACUCUCAGAACGCAGACUGGAGGCCAAGGAAGACCGAGCUGGAGAUGCAGAUUUGGAGCAGCCUGGAUCAGCCCAUGGUUUGAACGGCAUGUGGCAGACUCCGAACAAAUCUUAUGUAUUGAUGGAGCAGCCGCGCAGUUCCAGACCGUUGCUGUCAUUCUCUUAUAGUAACAUGCCUCGGCAAGCAGCGUUUGCGCCCGCGUUUGACCUUCGGACCAGCCAGCCCUCGCAGAAAAGGUUUGUGGGCACAUGCAGCAUGGACAGGGC